UAGUCGCGCUGCAUGCUGGGCCUCGGCAAUAUGGCGUCCUCCUUGAUGUGCUGAUGAGCGGAGUUUCACUGUAGCUUCAAACCAGAGGGCAAAAGUCCCGAGACCCAAUAAGCCCACAUUACGCGUUUUUCUCCACGGCUCCGUGUCGCCCGUUUCUAAGGACUCGUUCUCAGGGAGGAGAGGGCCACGGGGCCGGAGGCCAGGACCAGCCAGGCCGCGCGGACUCGGGGCUGAGGAGCCGGCUGCGGGCGAGCACGAUGGGCCGGUCCUGGCUCUGGUUGCAGCAGCUCCGGCGAGUGCGGGACCCGCAAGGCUGAGAGUGGCUGCAGGAGACCCGAAGCUCUCUGAACCUCUUCCCCUCGGCCGGAGACCUCAGCCCAGUCGGCGACCCGGCACCAAGAGCGGGCGGCCUGCCUGUCCUCGGAUCGGCUGAGGCGUUGGAGGCCGAGGGCAGGGUCAUCGUGAGGCCUGGAGUCUCGCACGCCUUUGACAGCUCCGCUCGCAGCCCCCCGGGAACCGACAGCCUCGGAAGCAGCCGGUGGCUUGGGAUCUGGGCCGCGUGUGUCUGUGCGGAGCUCCUUGGGUUCCCUCACUUCCCACUGCUCUUCCCACGCCUCCGACUUCCCGCGCAGAGUUAGAGAAGGAUCGCUGACUUUUUGCCUGAGUGAGGGUCUCCGCACACUCACUAUCCGUUUCAUUUUCUACUCCUCCCUCUUCUGUGUAUUCCUUCGCCAAUUCUGGUACACACUGGUUUUCAAGGCUGGAGGUUCUCGAGCGCUUGCUGCCCAGGACUCCCCCACCCCCUCCCCCAGUGAUGGAGUCCGAGAUGCUGCAGUCGCCCCUCCUGGGACUCGGGGAGGACGAUGAGGCCGACCUUACAGACUGGAACCUGCCUUUGGCUUUUAUGAAAAAGAGGCACUGUGAGAAAAUUGAAGGCUCCAAGUCCUUAGCUCAGAGCUGGAGAAUGAAGGAUCGGAUGAAGACUGUCAGUGUUGCCUUAGUUUUGUGCCUGAAUGUCGGUGUGGACCCUCCUGACGUGGUGAAGACCACCCCCUGUGCUCGCUUGGAGUGCUGGAUCGAUCCUCUGUCGAUGGGCCCUCAGAAAGCUCUGGAAACCAUCGGUGCAAAUUUACAGAAGCAGUACGAGAACUGGCAGCCACGGGCCCGGUACAAGCAGAGCCUUGAUCCAACCGUGGAUGAAGUGAAGAAGCUUUGCACGUCCUUGCGGCGGAACGCCAAGGAGGAGCGGGUCCUCUUCCACUACAACGGCCACGGGGUGCCCAGGCCCACGGUCAACGGCGAGAUCUGGGUCUUCAACAAGAACUACACGCAGUACAUCCCGCUGUCCAUAUACGACCUGCAGACGUGGAUGGGCAGCCCGUCCAUCUUCGUCUACGACUGCUCCAACGCCGGCCUCAUCGUCAAGUCCUUCAAGCAGUUCGCCCUGCAGCGCGAGCAGGAGCUGGAGGUGGCCGCUAUCAACCCCAGCCACCCGCUGGCCCAGAUGCCCUUGCCCCCGUCCAUGAAGAACUGCAUUCAGCUGGCAGCCUGCGAGGCGCACGAGCUCCUGCCCAUGGUCCCGGACCUCCCGGCCGACCUGUUCACCUCGUGCCUCACCACCCCCAUCAAAAUCGCCCUGCGCUGGUUUUGCAUGCAGAAAUGCGUCAGCCUGGUGCCUGGAGUCACACUGGAUUUGAUAGAAAAGAUUCCCGGACGGCUCAACGACCGGAGGACGCCUCUGGGGGAGCUCAACUGGAUCUUCACGGCCAUCACCGACACCAUCGCCUGGAACGUGCUGCCUCGCGAUCUCUUCCAAAAGCUCUUCAGACAGGACCUGCUGGUGGCUAGUCUGUUUCGAAAUUUCCUCUUAGCGGAAAGGAUCAUGAGGUCGUAUAACUGCACCCCCGUGAGCAGCCCGCGCCUGCCGCCCACUUACAUGCACGCCAUGUGGCAAGCCUGGGACCUGGCCGUGGACAUCUGUCUCUCGCAGCUGCCCACCAUCAUCGAGGAAGGCACGGCGUUCCGGCACAGCCCCUUCUUUGCCGAGCAGCUGACCGCCUUCCAGGUGUGGCUCACCAUGGGCGUGGAGAAUAGGAACCCACCUGAGCAGCUUCCCAUCGUUUUGCAGGUCCUGCUGAGCCAGGUGCACCGGCUGAGAGCCCUGGACUUGCUGGGAAGAUUUCUGGACCUGGGUCCCUGGGCAGUGAGCCUGGCGUUGUCCGUGGGCAUCUUCCCCUACGUGCUGAAGCUGCUCCAGAGCUCGGCCAGGGAGCUGCGGCCUCUCCUUGUCUUCAUCUGGGCCAAGAUCCUCGCCGUGGACAGCUCGUGCCAAGCGGACCUGGUGAAGGACAACGGCCACAAGUACUUCCUCUCCGUCCUGGCAGAUCCGUACAUGCCGGCUGAGCACAGGACCAUGACGGCCUUCAUUCUGGCCGUGAUCGUCAACAGCUACAACACGGGGCAGGAAGCCUGCCUCCAGGGGAACCUGAUCGCCAUCUGCCUGGAGCAGCUCAGUGACCCCCACCCCCUGCUGCGCCAGUGGGUGGCCAUCUGCCUCGGGCGGAUCUGGCAGAACUUCGACUCGGCCCGCUGGUGUGGCGUGAGGGACAGUGCCCACGAGAAGCUCUGCAGCCUCCUCUCCGACCCCAUCCCCGAGGUGCGCUGCGCAGCCGUCUUCGCCCUCGGCACCUUUGUGGGCAACUCAGCAGAGAGGACGGACCACUCCACCACCAUCGACCACAACGUGGCCAUGAUGCUGGCCCAGCUCAUCAACGACGGCAGCCCUGUGGUGCGGAAGGAGCUGGUGGUGGCUCUGAGUCACCUUGUGGUUCAGUACGAAAGCAAUUUCUGCACCGUGGCCCUGCAGUUCAUGGAAGAGGAGAAGAACUACCCGCUGCCCUCUCCGGCCGCCACAGAGGGCGGGAGUCUGACCCCGGUGCGGGACAGCCCCUGCACCCCCCGGCUGCGCUCCGUGAGCUCCUACGGCAACAUCCGCGCGGUCACCACGGCCAGGAGCCUGAACAAGUCUUUGCAGAACCUGAGCCUGACGGAAGAACCCGGCGGCUCGGUGGCGUUCUCUCCCGGGCACCUGAGCACCAGCAGCAGCGCCAGCAGCACCCUGGGCAGCCCCGAGAACGAGGACUACAUCCUCUCCUUCGAGACGGUGGACAAGAUGCGGCGGGUCAGCUCCUACUCCUCCCUCAACUCCCUCAUUGGCGUCUCGUUCAACAGCGUUUACACGCAGAUCUGGAGAGUCCUGCUGCACCUGGCCGCGGACCCCUACCCGGACGUCUCCGACCUGGCCAUGAGGGUGCUCAACAGCAUCGCCUGCAAGGCCACAAUGAACGCCCGGCCCCAGCGCAUCCUCACCGCCUCCUCGCUCACACAGUCGGCACCCGCCAGCCCCACCAACAAGGGCAUCCACAUCCACCAGGCGGGAGGCUCCCCGCCGACGUCCAGCACCAGCAGCUCCAGCCUGACCAACGACGUGGCCAAGCAGCCGGUCAGCCGAGACCUGCCGCCAGGCCGGCCGGGCGCCGCGGGCCCCGUGGGGGUGCAGUACACGCCCCACUCCCACCAGUUCCCCCGCACACGCAAGAUGUUCGACAAGGGCCCGGACCAGACCGCCGACGACCCGGAUGACACUGCUGGACACAAGAGCUUCAUCUCGGCCACGAUGCAGACGGGCUUCUGCGACUGGAGCGCGCGGUACUUUGCCCAGCCCGUCAUGAAGAUCCCGGAAGAGCACGACCUGGAGAGUCAGAUCCGCAAGGAACGCGAGUGGCGGUUUCUGCGGAACACGCGCGUCCGGAAGCAGGCGCAGCAGCUCAUCCAGAAGGGGAUCACGAGGCUGGACGACCAGAUCUUUCUGAACAGGAACCCUGGCGUCCCCUCCGUGGUCAAGUUCCAUCCCUUUACGCCCUGUGUGGCCGUCGCCGACAAAGACAGCAUCUGCUUUUGGGACUGGGAGAAAGGGGAGAAGCUGGAUUAUUUCCACAACGGGAACCCUCGGUACACCAGGGUCACUGCCAUGGAGUAUCUGAACGGCCAGGACUGCUCGCUCCUGCUCACGGCCACAGAUGACGGCGCCAUCAGAGUCUGGAAGAACUUCGCUGACUUGGAAAAGAAUCCGGAAAUGGUGACAGCCUGGCAGGGGCUCUCGGACAUGCUGCCCACCACCCGAGGUCUGGCCCGAAAGGCCUCCAUCUCUCUUGACCGCAGUAAGCAGGGAGGAGCCGGGAUGGUGGUGGACUGGGAGCAGGAGACGGGCCUCCUCGUGAGCUCGGGAGACGUGCGGAUCGUCCGCAUCUGGGACACAGACCGCGAGAUGAAGGUGCAGGACAUCCCCACGGGGGCCGACAGCUGCGUGACGAGCCUGUCCUGCGACUCCCGCCGCUCCCUCAUCGUGGCCGGGCUCGGCGACGGCUCCAUCCGCGUCUACGACCGGAGGAUGGCGCUCAGCGAGUGCCGCGUGAUGACCUACCGGGAGCACACGGCCUGGGUGGUGAAGGCCCACCUCCAGAAGCACCCCGAGGGCCGCAUCAUGAGCGUCAGCGUCAACGGGGACGUGCGCUUCUUUGACCCUCGGAUGCCGGAGUCCGUGAAUGUCCUGCAGAUCGUGAAGGGGCUGACGGCGCUGGACAUCCACCCCCAGGCAGACCUGAUUGCAUGCGGCUCCAUGAACCAGUUCACCGCCAUCUACAACGGCAGCGGGGAGCUCAUCAGCAACAUCAAGUACUACGACGGCUUCAUGGGCCAGCGGGUCGGCGCCAUCAGCUGCCUGGCCUUCCACCCCCACUGGCCUCACCUGGCCGUGGGCAGCAACGACUACUACAUCUCCGUGUACUCGGUGGAGAAGCGCGUCAGAUAGCGGCCUCCCGCGGCCGCGCGUGCACCGAGGGCCCGCCGCGCCGCCCUGGACACGGGCCCGACCCGGCUGCUGAGGGCUCAGAGGGCCCGCGCUGUCUGUCUGUCUGUCUGUCUUCGCUGUCACGCCCGGAAGCCCAGGGGAACGGGCUCUGCUGGGGCCCCUGGUGUGACGGGCGCAUCUCUGCUGAGACCCGGCUCCCAAGGACACGAUGGUGGCCGUACACCCCAGACCCCUUCCCGCCCCGUCGGAGGAGGAGGUUUUUAAGGGGGAAACACACUCAUUUUACUUUCUAAGCGACACAAAGCAUUAGUCUGCAAAGGCUGUGGGCGAAGCCAGCCUCCCCGGCGCCCUGGCUGCGGCGGGGGCUCCAGACCCAGCAGAGGACGGCGGCUGCAGAGAAGCGGCAGCGCCCAGGCCUCUCGGCCACCCUGUCUCCUCCCUCAGCAGGAGCCCUGGUUGGGAAGGAGAGGCAGUUUGGCCGAGCAGCCGCCGCCCUGGGCCACACGCGGGCUUCCCUCAAGUGCGGCUGCUCCGGGCCCCACACGCAUCGCAGGGGCACAGGUGGAGGGGCCGCCCCCCCCGUCCCCCCGUCCCCUGUGUCUGCAACAGGGCGCCGAGCAGCCACGCCUGAAACAUAAGACACAACCACAAUGAUGAUAUUCGAAAAGCAUUUUUUCCAUUUUCCUUGGGAAUCAGGAUUAUUCAGAGAUAGAGGAGGAAGCCGGCUUAGCUAAUUUUGCCACUAAGAGGCCACUAACAGUGGGAGGGUACGAGCUGCGCUGGGAGGUGGCCCCGCCUGAGCCCGGGGUGUCUCCCAGGGGGAUGGCGCAGGUGUGGACAGCCUGGGUGGGCGAGACAGGGCGGAGGCCGUGCCAGCUCCCGGGAGAAGGUGUCUGGGGCGGCUUCCACCACGUUCUGGGGGCGAACAGAAAGCACAGCCCCCCCGCCCACACAACUGGUCAGCUCCGCAAGCGCUCCUGGCGGUGACUCUGGAACCUUCCAGGACCUGAGCUCCACCCACAGACGCAGAGCUGACCACCCGCAACCGACUCAAGGCGGCCCCAGUCCGGCGUCUGAGCUCACGCGCGGUUCUGUUCCGUUCGUGUUGAGACAGAACCUUCCCCUGGCCAAGCGCGAAGGCCCUGGCGGGGGCUCCCUCGCAGGCUGAUGCGGAAAUUCAAUCAUGACAUGACCGAGGCUCGAGAGAGCGCCACCCAGCUUUCUUUAUCUCUAUUUAUUUCACCGAAACGAGAACCGAAAAACUGACGAAGGAGGGAAUUGUAGCGCGAGAGCGAGGACAAUAAGCUUAAUAAAAGACGAGGACGUGCA